AUGAGGCAACGAGCAAGAAGGCUUGCUGAAAGUACGGACAGAGAAGAACAACUACAGUCAGAAAAUUCUGAGGUAAGUCGUGUCAAUGACAAUGUAGUGGCUGAUGAUGAAGUUGCAGAUAAUUAUCGUAUAAAUGAAUACAUCCAUGGAGAAAACGAGCAGAUUGAAUCUUCGUGUGAGGCUAUGGACAAGGCAUCUGUAUCUGUUCCUAUUCAUGAAGCAGACGAGGAAGGUAUGUCUGUACAUCAAGCAGAGGGGGUGAGUAGAAAUGAAUAUUUGCAUGAGGGUGGUUGGCAAAAUAUUGACAAGCCUCUGCAUGAGCUAGAGUUUGUACAAAAUGAAAUGCAUAGUUUUCAUUUAGAUCAAGAACAUUUAGAGCAUCGACAAUGUUCAGUUUGUAAAGAAGCUUGGCCGACAAGGCAGAACUUAGCAUCAGAAGUAUAUAUUUGUUACCGGUGUAAAAGAGACAAGAGAUCACCCAAGAAAUUUAGUGCCGAGAAUGACAUGGACCCAGGAAUAGUUCCUGAACAAUUGAGAGGUUUGACACAGGUAGAAGAAAUGUUAAUUUCAAGGGUUUGUCCCAUUAUGAGAGUGUAUAGAAAACAUGGGGGUCAGAGGGGGUAUAAAGGGCAUGUACUUAACUUACCUCAAGAUAUUCAAAGUUUCUUGAAUAGGUUGCCUUCUCGUGUGGCAGACUUGCCUGUUUUGAUUGUGCGAAGACAUGGUGCAGAAGACACACAUCUAGAUUUUACUGUGCGUCGACACAAAGUUUUUGAGGCUGUGUUAUGGUUAAAGACAAACAAUCCAUUCUUCAAAAAUAUAGAAAUUGAUCGAGAUGUCAUUCAAAGUUUACCAGAAAAUGGCAUUCCUGAUGAGCUAAGGUAUGUAAUUGAUGAAAAUGAGCAUUCAGUUCAUGUUGAAAAUGAGGGGCCUCCCCAAGACCCAGUAAUGAGUGCUAAUGCAAGUGUGGAAGAGUUAGUUUUAGGAAGUGGCAGUACAUCAUUUAUUCCUAUGCGUCAAAGACAGAGAAAAGAAGGUGCGGCUAUCCAAGAUGCAGUAAAUGAGGUUGAUCCAUUAGACUGGCCAUCUACUGAAGGUAAUCGUGUUAAUGAAUUUAAAACAGAUGGUUUAGCUACUAUGGCCUUCCCUACAUUGUUUCCUUAUGGGAAGGGUGACCCAACAAAUAGGGCAAGACAACAUGGUAUAACGUUAACCGAAGCUUUCAAACAUUUAAUGAAGUUUGCAGAGAAGCUUGCUGAUGGUAAGUUUGAAUGGAGGUUUGCUUCUCACCCACGGUUUCCUUAUUGGGCGUUAAACAUGAAACAACGGCAUCAGCUGUUGUCACAAGCGAAUGUUUACUUGCGUCAACAUCCUGCUGAUGCAAACAUGACAAUGGAAGAACUGAAGCAGAUGGUCAAUUCCAUGAGUGCAAACCAAAUGGUGAAUAGGUUGCAACGCUAUGUGUCCAAAGUACAAGGUACAAAUCAGUAUUGGUAUCAGCGGUUGCAGGAAUUGCUGGCCCUGAUUGAACAAAAAGGCUGCCCUACGUUUUUCUUUACCUUUAGUGCAGCUGACAUGCAUUGGUCAGACUUACAGAGGCUGUUGCAGAAUGAUGAAGGUGCAAGCAGAUCUGAGCGAGCACAAGCUGUAAUCGACAAUCCCCAUCUGACUGAUUGGUUCUUUAUGCAGCGGCUGCAGGAGUUUGUCAGACAUUGGCUUAAUGGCGUCUUGGAUGCUGAGUGGCACUGGUAUCGUUUUGAGUACCAAGCUAGGGGAAGUAUUCAUUGCCACGGAUGUGCAAAGUUAAAAAAUGACCCUGAUAUUAGAGAAUUACGUAAUAAGGCAUGUGUUGCUUUCCUAGAGAGUGAGACAACAAGGUACGAAAUGUCACCUGAUGAUUUUGAAUUCCUUUGCGGGGAUGUGAUAAGACAGGGAGAAGAUGCUGAGAAGUUGUUAAUACAGUAAGAAAAAAUAUUUUCCAUAUUAAUGUUUCCAAUGCGUACUGUACGUAGAUCAAGCUAACUGUGCAGAAUCUGUUGUGGGAUAAUUGUUUCAAUAAUAAAAUUUUAUCCUGCAACAGGCCUUCAAAUGCAUGUACCGGGCACAAUACCGGAUCAUAAUUAUUGCAGUAGUUACACAAUACCGGACUCGCUUCUCAUAGUCAUAACAUUGAAUUUUGCAUUUUUAGAGAUGUCUUACUGUACCUCGUACUCAAUAUAUUGCAAUAGCAUUUUAAAAUACCAUUAAAACUAUACCUUGGCAUGCUCCCAAAUGUUGAUAUCAACUAAAAGUGUGCAGGUCAAAUGUUCAUGUCAACUACUGUAAAAAGCGAAUUUUGUAUUAUGCAUGUAUUAACCACUGCUGCCUAUUUUGGAUAUUUAAUAAUAUGACUACUACUGUAAAUUAAAAGGUAGGAUAAACUACUGUACACAACUUUUGCCUAAAAUUGUCGCAUACAACCUGCUUAUAUGCAUGUAACAACUUGAGUGUACUGGGUGAACCAGCACACAACUAUGCCUAUGACAACGUAAGUGAGUAAAUGCAAGUUUAAUACAGUGUCAACUUGUGUCCUUGAUAUUUUACACAGUAAAACUCAAGUUGUACAAGCAGGUUGCAUAAGGCAAAAGUUGUGUAGUGUAAAUCUGCCUUAACACACAAAACACUCACCAAAUAUCCAGCUAAUAAUAUAUGCAGAUAGCCAAUCUCCACAAUUUUGAAAGGUCUUUCGCCCAUCUUUUUUAUUAUUAUGCAUAUUUUAAUAAUUUUAUUAUAUUAUAAUACGGUAGUAUUACCUUUGCUACAUUAAAAUUGAAAAAGUAACAAUAUUUUACAUGUAAACAAAAAUUCCUUAUAAAAUUCCUUAAAAGUUUUCAAUAUUCCUCAAAGGAAUUUUCAAUAAUUUCUGAAGAUUUCAUUGGAAUGUAAGAAAUUACAUAAAUAGAAAGUGGAAAUUUAACUGUGGCACAAAUCUGUGACUGUGGUCAUACAGGUUUCACAGGAAAAUGUUUCACUCAGUCAAAUUAUGGUGUGAUUAAAACUGUUUUACGACUAAUUCGGUAAUAUUUGGCUAAUAGAAAAAGCGCACAUGUUUAAUAAUAAGUUAUGAUUAUUUUAAAGGUAUGUUGACUGGCUGGUGACAACUUUUAAUGAGGAAUUGCCAGAUGAAAACUGGAGGAUACCAGACCCUCAUCCAUCUGCUGUUAGCGCUACAACAUUGGAUAAUCGUGACAAUGAUUAUCACAGGUUAGUUAAUACUAUAUAAAGACACACUAGAUGCAGUCCAGCGUAUUGCUUAAAACAGAAAAGAGUGGACCUGCUUGCAGAAUGCAGAUUUGGUUUUCAAAAACCAUUGCAAGAAGAAACAGAACUGAGCCUUGAGCUGGUGGUAGGUAAGAAUACGAAGUCUGUUGAGUCUGAGUUACAUACCAAACGAAAUGAUCAAAGAUUAAAUUCACAUAACAGGGUGAUGCUCGAAAACUGGCGGGCAAAUGUGGAUUUGCAAGUGAUUGUAGAUGAGAAGGCUUGUGCAAGAUACAUGGCCAAGUAUGCUGCGAAAGGAGAACCCCGAUCGAAAUCGGCGUCAGAAAUACUAAAAUUGUCUGUGUCUUCAUUACAGAAUGAUGAUCAAGUCUCUUCGGCCUUCAAGAAAGCAAUGAUCCAAGUUGCUGGGGAUAGAGAUAUGGCAGCACAAGAAACUGCACAUAUGUUACUUAGUCUACCACUGGUUGGCUGCACAUUUAGUUUUGUUACUAUUUCUUUAGAUAACAGCAGGAAGGUUAAUAUUGAUGCAGAAAAUGAAGGCGAUGAGGUACUUCAAAAAUCUGCGCUACAACAAUAUGCAGAACGUACAAAAUUGAAGAGUAGGUAUACAGGCUUGUCUCAGCUAAAUCUGAUGCAAUAUGUGUCACAGUACACGAAAGUCCGAGGUGAGUUGACAAAACGAGCGAAUCCGUCAUUGUCAGGACAUUUCCAAAGAUUUCCGCCAAUCCUGCUGCUCCUGAUUUUGGAAAAUACUGCAAAUAUCAACUAAUAAAGUUUAAACCAUGGGAGGGUCAACCGUCAAAUGCUUGAAACAACUAGGAUGAAAGUGAUCAAAUGUUUAUUAAUGCAUAUGAAUUUUUUCUUAUGACAGAUGAAUUUGCAGAAGAAAAUGUGUUUAGGUAUUCCGAUGAAACAGACAGAGUUCAUGAUGCGCAAUGUGGUCAAACCUUUGAAAACGAUUGAAGUGACAAUCAAGAUGAUGACGACGAAAGUGAAGUUGACCCUGAUGAUGAGGAGGAAGUCGAUGAUUGGAUGUUAUUAUGCAGAAUUAACCAAGAUUAUGGUGAAGCAGGUAAUCGGAUGUCAGACAAUGAAGCAGUGGACUGGUUUGAAAUGGUAAGAGCUGUGCCUAGAGAUAUAUUAAAGGAAUCUCCAGGAUGGAUCUAUAGUCAGAGAAAGGAGGCUGGAGAACAUGGUCAGCAUUUUCGAGAAGAUGAUCAACAAUGUGUAAUUGAUCCGGAGACCUUGAAUGAAAAACAACGCCUUGCUUAUGACAUCAUCACAUCUCAGAAUGGUGAUAAUGCCGAGCCUGCUUAUAUGAUUGUGUGUGGAACAGCUGGCACAUGUAAGACAUACUUAAUAAGUGCAACAAAACAAGUAUUAGCCAUUCAGUGUGUUGUUACAGCAACUACUGGGAUUGCAGCCUUUAGUAUUAAUGGUCAAACAUUACAUUCUGCUGCUCAACUUCCUAUCCGUGAAUAUAGGGAUUUGCAGAGUGAUUCACUACAGCGGUUACAGCUGAGGCUGGAAGGUAAAAGAUUUCUGAUUAUUGAUGAAAUGUCAAUGAUUGGACAUAAAAUGCUAUCAUGGCUUGACAAUAGAUUACGUGCUGGUACUGGAAAGGAAGAUAUCCCUUUUGGUGGUAUGUCAGUAAUUCUAAUGGGGGAUUUUGGUCAAUUACCACCUGUUGGUGAUAAGCCAAUGUAUGUUUCAGGUAAUGGAACAGUAGUAAGUGACCAUUGACAUAGUAUGUAUCUGAUGUUUGAGUCUGUCAUUAUUUUAGAUCAAGUUAUGCGUCAGGCUAGUGAGGACCCCGAGGCAGUUGCUUUUAGAGCCUUGCUGAUGAGAAUGCGAAAUGGAGAAGUGACAGGGGAGGACUGGAAACUAUUGUUGGAGCAUUCAACAACAAGUGUACCAAUGGAUCAAUUUACUGAUGCCAUCCGAUUGUACUUUGACAAGAAAAGUGUUGCUGAAUACAAUUACGAGAAGCUAUUGCAGCUUGGACAACCUGUUGCUAAAAUUCAGUCAAAGCAUUCUGGUCAUGGUGCCAGUGCGGCAACGUCGGACGAAGCUGGUGGAUUGGAUGCUGUUCUGUUUUUAUCCACAAAAGCAGAAGUAAUGCUCACUUGCAACCUGUAA